ACGCCCGCGACGGCAGCGCGCGAGGCAGUAGCUGUCGCUCCUCGCACGCACUCACACACAUCUACACCUCCACCACAUACAGACACGGGUACAUACAUCACGCAACGGGGAAUACGUACACGACACACGCUCCGUGACGACAAGCGUACACUCGGACACACGUACAUACCACGCACAGUACACGUAUACUGUAUAUUGAUACACAGGUUCAUACAUUCACACGUCAGACAGAGAGAUAACACGCAUACGGAAGAGACGCAUUAUCCUCGCAGAUACACAACAUCUCUACACACAUCAUCUUGUAGACACAGACACGCAUUGCCUCCCCACACACACACAGGCACGCAUCUGUAAGGAGCAUCUCGCGUUAUUCACACCGGGACGCCCCGUGGAUGAUCCGGGCUGCCGCCGAUCAUCUCAUCACCAUCAUCACCACCACCAAACUCCACACUGCCACGCACAGUAUCCAGCGUGCCAAAGCAAGUGCAGCAGUGGAAGAUAACAGCUGAGCGACACCGGCAGCAGCCCUCAUAUGACAAGGGCCGUCACAAGCAGCUGCAGAAGAAUAAGAAUAAGGUGGUGAACGGAAGCGGACGUUGAAUAUUCCAUUAUUGCACGCCGACAAGAAGAUUGAUUGCGUUAAACAAUAACACUAAUUAGAAUCGUUCGUAAUAUAAAGAAUCAUCACCAUUUAGAAAUCCUAGAGCUGUCUGUAGGUUAAGACGACUACCCCCCCUGGGUUACAUUGGGUGGCCACACACAACAUGUGCUGCUGCUGCUACUGUUGCUACUAAUGACCCAUCCAUCAUUCCGUAGCGUGGCAUUUAUCAAUUAUUGAGUAGGUAUUUAUUUAACUUAAUCGGAAGAAAAAAAAGACCCCCACCACCCACCCCAGCACAAAGAAUUGUUUCGCCUUCCUUGCACCCAUUUGGAAGAAAUCGUAAGGCCCUCAAGCCAUGAAGAUUGCCACAGCGAACGACGCGGACGCCAAAAAGCCAGCGUUUCCCUGGUUCGGGCUGGACAUCGGUGGCACGCUGGUGAAGCUGGUGUACUUCGAGCCGACAGACGUCAGCGCCGAGGAGGAGGAGGCGGAGGUGGAGAGCCUAAAGAGCAUCCGGCGAUACCUGACGUCGCGCGUCGCCUACGGCACGGCCGGGGUGCGCGAUGCCCACUUGGAACUGCGUGGCCUCUCGCUCUGCGGCCGCACGGGCACCAUGCACUUCAUCCGCUUCCCCACGGCCGACGUGCCCGCCUUCCUGUCCAUGGGCCGCGAGAAGGGCUUCUCCGGCCUGCAGACCACCCUGUGCGCCACCGGCGGAGGCGCGCACAAGUUUGAGGAGGAUUUCCUGAAGAUGGUCCACCUGCAACUGCACAAGCUAGACGAGCUGGAGUGCUUGAUCCAGGGCCUCAUGUACGUCGAGUCGCUGGGCCUGGAGCGGCCCGAGUGCUAUUACUACGAGCAGCCCAUGGAGGCGGAGCACUGCAGCAAGAGGCCAUGCACGCUGGGCAGCCGAUACCCGCUGCUGCUCGUCAACAUCGGCUCGGGCGUCAGCAUGCUGGCCGUCUACUCACCGCACGACUACCGCCGCGUCACGGGCACCAGCCUCGGCGGUGGUACAUUCCUGGGCCUGUGCUGCCUUCUGACUGGCUGCGAUAGCUUUGACGAGGCGCUUUCACUCGCCGAGCGGGGAGACAGCACCAACGUGGACAAGCUGGUGCGGGACAUCUACGGCGGCGAUUACGAGCGCUUUGGCCUCCGCGGCUCGGCUGUCGCGUCCAGCUUCGGGCAGAUGAUCUGCUCGGACAGGCGCGAGGCCGUGAGCAAGGAGGACCUCGCCAUGGCCACACUCGUCACCAUCACCAACAACAUCGGCUCCAUCGCACGCAUGUGCGCCCUCAAUGAGAAAAUGGAGCGCGUCGUUUUCGUGGGCAACUUCCUGCGCGUGAACCAGCUGUCUCGGCGGCUGCUCGCGCACGCGAUGGAGUAUUGGUCGGGGGGGCAACUCAAGGCCUUCUUCCUGGAGCACGAGGGUUACUUUGGGGCUGUCGGAGCGCUGCUGGAACUGUUAAAGUCGGAGUGACAACCUGGACCGUUUCCAUUACCCAGUCUGCAAUAGAAGAGUGGAGCUUCUUGAAAAACACUGAUGCAGUCGACUAAAAUGCACGCUCCGGAGGCUUGAACCAACAUCGGUGUCCGUCUAACGUAGUUUCUUUACAAUGGCUUAAAAUAUUGUGCUAAAUUAUGUGAAUCGCUUUGGGAAAUUGCCGUUAGGGGCACUGGGAGUUCCGAACACUACACCAGUGUGCGGCGUUCUUGCAUAAAUCAAAACGUCACUGCAAGGACAAAGCGUGCGCAUCAAACUGCGACGUCCUGUGCAAAUAGCCUCCGCUCCACGAUGCGUGACCUGUUUGACCUGGUGCCAUAGCGGCACCGAAAGGGCAGUUUUAACCGCGGCCGAUGCCAUCAACGGCCAACGUGAAGGAUCACACGAGUGCUGGAGAUCAUCGCCGCGCCCUCUCCGAUUAAACUAUUCGCUGCUGAUGAAGCGUAUGCACAUGCAGUUUUAUCUGUACAACCAAUUUUUUGCUGUGAAGCGGUGUCCCCGCAUUGUGGUUGUCGAAAAUGCCCUGCUCCCACCGCCGCCUGUUCAUGUUGCCAAACAGCUGUUCAGAAAAAUGUCCGUUUUGUGAUCAGCUGCUCGUACGAAAUUACUUGUCUCUCAUUAGUUUUUUUACGUUUUUAUUUUUAAAUCAUUGCGAAAAAGUUCACAACAAACAAUCUGAUCACGUAAUGCAAAUAUCAAGUGGGAACGGUGUUGCGAUGACACAUUUUUCACAUAAGCUAUUUCGAAUGGACUGGGUUGGGGAGGGUUAAGGCCAGGGAGGUGGUGAACUUUAGACAAUUUCUUGCAACGUGACCCCACAAUACCAUUCCAGGAGAUGCAUGAGUCAUUACGGGACAAUGAAAUUCGCAAACCGCCUUCUUAAGCAGGCCUUAACGGUUUUUUCUUGUUUUGUGUUAUUUUAAAACGGAUUAAUCGGUAACGGUGUUUUGUUUCCUUACAAACAUUCCAAUGACAUCGAAUCACUAGACAAUUGGCAAACAUUAAAAUAAAACCUGCUGUAAUCAUGACGAGCCUUAGGUUGUUCGCUAGUUUUAUUCACAAUUUUUGUAACAAUUGUUAUUUUUCUGUUUUGAGACGAUGUGUGAAAUAGACGUGGCAAUACUGUACUUUAAAAUGCUUUGCUAUGCAAGGUACAGAACAUCUCCCGCAAAUUCUCCCAUGAAAAAAUGAAUGCCUUCUUUAGAGACUCUCUGUCACGUGGCUUUUGAAGAUGGGAAUGAGAUGUAUGUGGUUUAAAGUAGACUCGUGCUGGGCUGGGUUCACGCGAGGUGCGGCGGCCGCACUUUACUUGGGUGGUAGCGGGGGGUGUUUCUUGAAAACUUGGCCGAGAAGCCACAAGACGCCGCCUUGGAAUCGAAUAUCAAACGGCCGGGGGUGAGUUUGCGGCACGCUCUUGUGAAACGCAACAUCUCAAUCUGAAGUUUAAAAAAAAUACCACAAUUAUUAAAUUGGGGGGGGGGGGGGGGGUUGGCUAUGAAACUGGGACCGUGUAAAAACAAACACUGGCUCAAUCCUCGUAAUUGUAGAUAAACACUUGAAAUGGAAAGUCGCUGUAAGGUGUCAAGUGUGAAAUGUGGGUUAUGUUGUAACGGUGCUGUCGCUGUGUACAGAGCGAGCAAAGGGGGUGAGAGGGGGGAGAAAGGUAGCAAAGUGGUGCAAUUGAAUGGACAGCGGACGAACACGAAUUUCUGUAUCGUACUUGCGAUGCUUGUUUUGGAGCCCGUUCAGCGUUAUUUAACAUAAUGGAUGCAAGUUGCGUGCUGUCGCCAACAGUAUUGUUGGCCUUUACAAACAAAACAUGUGAAGUGCGCAUAACUGAACACUUGAACGUGUCCUGUCUGGAAAUAAAAAAAAAUCCGACCGCGA